CCUCUCCUCCUCUCUUCGAGGCACGGCCGUGUAUACCGGCGGCUACCUCUCUCUCUCUCUCUCUCUCUCUCUCUCUUUUUUGACACUCGCGUUCGUUCGUUUCGCGAUGUGCGACGGAUGCGCCCGUUUCUUCCUUCCUUCCCUUCCUGACUCCUGAGAUGCAGCCAGAUACACCAGAAUGUCAUUCCAUCUUUGUUACUUACGGAAAGUUGAACAAAGAUAGAAUGACACUCGAGUGCAUCCUUGUAUCCCGACGAGACACCUCCUCCUUCCCCGAUUCUCGAUGUUCAAGGAGAUUUCCUCUUGCAACACCGGACACCGUCGCGGUCGAUAACGCACGCGGCACCGUUCGCGAUUCGUACACAGUUGACAGUUUCGCCAAUCGACGUUUACGACGAUCGGGCGAAACGCAACUCCGACGGAAGGAGAACGGAGCAGGAAAGACUCGCCGACGUCGCGUAAAGACGCGGCGUCGUCUUUCCGAAAGUGUUGCCCUUCGCGCGGUUUACCGUUCUCCCAUGACGGGUGUUUCGUCAGUUAGGACCAGUCGACAACCCCGUCCGUGAAUGAGAAAGUCCCAUCGUCGCGCGCGACGACGGCGAACUCGGGGGAGGAGCAGCCGGCGUCGCUUUUUGAUCACGGUCGUCCCUCAUCGAUUGGACAGCUCUGUGUACAUAUAUGUCGACCGUUUUCCGUAGCACGGACCUGUAAGACCUGUAGAAAUUUCCCUCCCGUGCCUCGUUAAGACCCCCCAACCGGGUGCGACCUCCCUGAACGCGGACAGGCUUAAUUGAACGCGCGUUACACGCGCGCGAUCGUAACGCCAGCGAGGAUAAUACCGUUGGUAAUCGGUGCCAAGGUGUGUUGAGCGACGCGCUUAAAGGUCAUACGGUGCUGGAGCACGCACGUUUCGGUAACCCCAGUAUUCGUAGUUGAUCCUUGGGGAUUCGAGGACCGUCGGGUAAACUUGAGCGCGGUCUUAAGACGUCACCAACCGAUCCGCAUUAGCCGUGUCUUAAGACAUUAUUUAAGACGGUCUUGAGCUCGAUCGUGGAUACCGGCUUUAAAGUAGAAAUUACUUUCGCGCGAGAUGAAGCUCGAGUGCGCCCGUAUGGACGAAGGAGUGCCCUUAACCUCGGAGUGCUAUUCCAAUUUUUCUUACGUUAACGUUACACGCUACUCUGAUGGUGACGUAUACGGGGCCGACAAUCGUGCGCGAAGGACAACCUUGGAGCAUCGAGUGUACCGAUUUGAAGGACAAUGAUAAUGUUAAGUGGACCAGGAACGGCCAGACGCCGGAGGAGUUGUCCAGCGGUCAGCUGGUUGUCUCACCGUUGGCCCCUGGCAAAAGCACCCUCUCGGCGACCCAGGCGACCGAGAGCCACGAGGGAGAUUACAAAUGCACAGACAAUCCGGACAGUUCGGAUUCUUUCCAUCUAUCGAUAGCUUUCGAUAUUAAGAUUAGAGUACUUACGGCCAAAGAUGUACCUUUGGUGCUUGAAUGCGCAAACAAAACCACCGGUGAUAAAGUGCAAUGGCUGAAGGAGAAGACGUCGUUGAGCACGGCGCUGGCUGAGAAAGAAGAAUUAGUCAAGAUUGAUAACAGUACUGGCAGCUUACAUAUUUUAAAGGAAAAAGAAGAGGUUUUUGGAAAUUAUACUUGUAAAGUGGCUAAUUCCACGGUCGAGUACAGAGUCGUACCGAGGCCAGUGGCACAUCUAUCUGAAUCUAUUAGCGUGGUGGAGGGCGAAAAGUUGCACUUGGUGUGCGGCGGUAAGCAGAGCUACCCCGGCGUAAAGGUACAUUGGACCUUUGGGGAUCAGAAUUAUACGCGCAGCAAGGGACGCGUGAAGAUCGCCAAGGACCCAGAGAGAAACAUUUACGGCGCCAUCCUGAUUGUCGACAACAUCGAGAUGAAUGAUCGUGGUGAUAUUUUCUGCAGGGUGUCGUAUAAUUGGUCCGAUCCCAUAUUAGAACACUCAUCGGAAGCCAAGACAUUCCUCAGGGUGAAGGACAAGCUCGCCGCACUCUGGCCCUUCCUAGGAAUUUGUGCGGAGGUUGUUAUUCUAUGCGCCAUCAUUCUAGUUUACGAGAAGAAGCGAAAUAAAGCUGAACUCGAGGAGUCUGAUACCGAUCAAAGCCCUGAUACUAAACCAACACCCAACAAGGAGUCCGAUGUCAGGCAGAGAAAAUGAGACAGCAAGCAAAAAUUAGAGCGAUGCGAUAGAAGCGGGAGAACGGGUCAUUAUGUGUAGAGUGCUGUAAUGGAAACCUAUAAAGACAACGGAAUACGGCUUUUGAAUGAGAGAGAGAGAAAGAGAGAGACGUGUCGUCACAAACGUGAAAUAAACACUGCAAAAUGGACAGCAGCGGGCUUGAGUGGGCCAUUCAUAGUGCGCACCUGUGUGAAAACAGGCUUGUGCAGCAGAAGCGUAAGGAGCAGGAUCACACAAGUUACUAACAAGUUAAAUUAAGCCUUAUUACGGUGUUCACUCCGUUUAUCAAAUGUUCGCCUGUUCAUAUUCUUUAACUACACCGCUUUGACCGAUAAGAAGGAAGAUGUGUUUGAGUUAUGUACAAAUGCUGAUGAUGACACGAGUGCGUGCCAGGAAAUGAAGGAUAUGUGUGCGUGUGUGUGUGUGUGUGCAUAUGUUCAUGUAUGAAAGAGAGAAAGAGGGAGUAAAAGAGAAAUAGAAAAAUAAUGCAUGCAUGAGUGGCAAGCUAACAAAUAUAAACAGAUAGAUAUAAAAGAAGCAGAAAUAAAAUAGCGUGCCUCCCGAGCGCGCAUACGCGCGUGAUUACAUAUAAUUUCUUACGAAGUGCUUCGAAAUACGUUUUGACGGGCACUGUAACUUGAUCGCGCGUUUAUUCGUCGCAUACAUUGCUCUAUUGUUCUGUGCGGCGUUUGUAUUCGCGUUCGUUGGGCACGCCACAUAUUAGAUUUGCGUAGAACUCGUUUCUCAAACUUCGCACGUGUGACCGAAGAAACAAAAAAAAAAAACUAUGGUAGAGCCAAACAUAUGUGCUCGAUGCUAGUUAUGUAAUAAUAGGAACGCGGGCAGUGCGUGCCAUAAUUGACUUCCGGAUACAUGCUCGUGUACUUUUAGAGAUCGAAAAAGAGAAAGAGAGAUUGAGAGAAAAAGGAGAGCGAAAGGGGAGAAGAGACAGAGCUUAUGUCUUUGGCGUCGCCUUAUAUUCCAUCGCUCGUAAAAAUAUUCCGGAAGUCUGGUUGCACGCGACGCCGUUGUUAAUGACAUUAAUGUAAUUAAUACUGUAAUAUUGCCAUCGUUACUACUGCUGCUACAUCUAUCGUUAUUAUGAUUAUUACAAGUAUUAUAUCGUUAAUUUUAUCACUAUUGUAAUAAUUUAUAAUCCGUACCAACACGAUUCUCUAUA